CGUCGUAAAACAUCGAUUCAGUCGUAGUAGGCCGCGUUAGUUCAGUUUCGGUUUUGUUCUAGUGCGCUUCAUCGUGUCGAUUUAAACCUUUGAAUAUAUUCAUUUCGUGAAUCGUUUAUCUAUCUAUAUAUUAUGGCUGCAACAAUGGAAGAUAAAAUUAAGAACGAACCCGUUAUCACAUCGAAUGGACCUCAACACAAAAAGCCAGGCGGCCAAGGGCCCCCGCAUCACCAAGGCGGCGGUAGAGGUGGACGUGGCGGCGGCAUGGGACCCAACAAAUUCAUGGGCCGUGGAGGAUUAUUUAACAGAAACCAGAAUAACAGACAAAAUGUACAGAAUCCAAAUCAGCAUCAAAGCCAACACCAAAACCAAGAUAUGAGCCAGAAUAAAAUGAAAUUGGAUGAUCUUAAAAAAGAAGAUAUUAAAAUUGGGGGCAUGCAAAGAGGUGGUGUAAAUAGACCCGGCCAGGGUAAUAACAUGCAAGGCGGUGGACCCCGAAGGGGAGAGGAACACAUGCUCCAGCAGAAGCUGCAAACCCUCACCGGUCCAGUGCUGGAUCUUCCUCCCUUAGACAUGGCAGAGGUUAAAUUCUCAGGCCGUGGCAGACUCUAUGUUGGUAAUUUGACCAACGAUGUUACAGAGGAAGAAAUCAUUGAAAUGUUCAAACCCUAUGGAGAAACCAGCGAACAUUUCAUCAACAAGGAAAAGAACUUUGGAUUUAUCCGCAUGGACUACAGAGUCAAUGCUGAGAAAGCAAAGCGUGAAUUGGAUGGCAGCAUUCGUAAAGGAAGGCCCCUGAGGAUUCGAUUUGCACCCAACAGCACUGCAAUCAAAAUCAAGAAUCUCACACCGUGGGUUUCGAAUGAGCUGUUGUAUAAGGCGUUUGAGAUUUUUGGACCGAUUGAACGUUGCAUCAUCACUUGUGAUGAAAGGGGCAAAUCCACUGGUGAAGGCAUUGUUGAAUAUCAAAGGAAAAAUGGUGCUAUGGCAGCAAUUAGGCAUUGCCAGGAUAGAUGCUUCUUCUUAACAUCUUCUCUCCGUCCAGUGAUCGUUGAGCCCUUCGACUUCGUCGACGACAUCGAUGGCGUCCAGGAAAAGAACAUGCUGAAGAAGAAUCCAGAAUUCUUCAAAGCUCGUCAGGCCGGUCCCAGAUUUGCUGAUAUUGGCUCAUUUGAACACGAAUAUGGCACACGCUGGAAGCAACUGCAUGAAUUGUACAAACAAAAGAAUGAAGCACUCAAACGUGAGAUGCAAAUGGAGGAGGAGAAGCUUGAGGCUCAGAUGGAGUUUGCUCGCUAUGAACAUGAGACUGAAAUGCUGCGUGAAGAAUUGCGUUUACGUGAACAAGAUAGAGAUCGCCAGAAGCGCGAAUGGGAAUUGAAGGAGCGCCAAGCUGAUGAACAACGCUCAAGGGACGAGGAAAUUAUGAGACGGCAGCAGGAGGAGAUGCAAGUUCGUAUGCUGCACCAGGAGGAAGAAUUGAGGAGGCGGCAGCAGGAAAAUACUUUGUUUAUGCAGGCUCAGCAAUUGAAUUCAAUGCUGGACCAGCAAGAACAGGGCUUCAACUCACCGCAUGCUGAAUUUGAAGAUGGAGGUGCUGGAGCUCCUCGUGGCGGUGGUAAUGGUGGCAUGCAAUCGGAUAUGGGCGGAAAUUAUAUGGAAUACGAACAAGGACCGCGUGGUGGCGGCAACAAUAGAUUUGACGAUCAGCGAAAAGGAAAUCGUGGCCCAUGGAAUAAUGAUCGUCGUGACGAUUUCCAAAAUAAACGUAGGCGUUUCUAACUUUACGACUAAGAAAAUCAAAGUUGACAAAACCAUGAUGGCUUUAACAACUCCCCAUGGAUUGACAAGACAAAAAAACCCAUUAUACUCCAAUUUAGUUCAUCCUAGUUUGAUAUCACAAUUCCGUUUGUAAUCGUUUUUUAUAUAUUAAAAGUCUCAUGAACUUUUGUAUGUGUGUGACAUGGUGGCUUUGAGGAAGAGAACGUUUAAUGUUAUGGAAAGGUACCUGUGCGACUUUUCUUCACAAGAUGCAAGGAAAGUAUGCCCGGUUCCUCUGUUAUUAUAAUAAUCAUACCCUGUACUAGUAUUGUAAAUCAUCUCAUCGAAUCUUCAUUUAUCUAUUAUCUAUUACAAGAGGCUGCACACUUUCCUUGCAUCACUUACCUUCUUUAGUACUAUUUGUUAAUGACGAGUGAAAAUGUCGCAUUGCGGCUAAUUCGAUGCAAUAUUUAUUUAAAAUUAUAUUGACAAACAUUGUAUGUUGUGUAGCUAUGUCUAAUCUAAAAAAAAAAUGAAUUUUAUUAUAUAAUUUCGAUCGUGACGUUGUCAUGUGCAUAUAAAAUACUAUAAUUAAUCAUUUACUCUUUGUGAAUAUUGUUUAGUUUAAAUUAUUUUUGUAUGUGAUCCAGACCUCCCAGUAUUUGUGUGGUUU